GGUCGGAAGGACUAUAUAAAGGCGACGUUACCACAUUAUGGCAGAGAAGACGCAUCUCCCACAUCGACACCAUGAAGAUCUCCUUGGCCCUCGUUUCCAUCGUAGCUGCCUUUGCCCUAAGCAACGCCCAGAGCGAAGGAGGAUGGUGCCGGUGUGCAGCUUUCGUGUCCUCCAGGACCAUGGAAAUCAUGGUUCUGGAACUCCCAGAGGUUCCCAUCACUGACUGUAUGAGCCACAACCAAUGCAAAAACCGUUGCGUGGACGAGAUCAACACGAUGACAAACGAAAUGGAUCUGUGGUCAACAGUAAACGAGACCACCGUUGGCCAGGUCUUCUGCGAGGAACUCUUCAGCCACGGCCUAUUCUGGAUCCACAACUCUUAUAUCCACGGAUAUUACGAGGUGUGCGGCGGACCUUGGGAAUACACCGGCAUUGAUUCCCAGCAGAUGCUGUGUUGCACAAGCAGUCAACAAAUUCACUGUGUUACCAAGUAGAACUCUCUAGUACGUAAUCCGACGAUACGACAGGAAAAAACGGCCCCAGUUACGGAACAUCUUGAAGUUUAGCCCUUUUAGUCAUAAUUUAGUUAAUAUACAGAGUCAGUCUCAAGCCAUAGGAGUCAGCAGAGACACAAAAUAGGACUGUAUAUACUCAAAGCAAUAAAGAUAUGUGUUUA